UGAGGGAACAAUCGUCGCAGUAGCCCAGCCCCGCUAAUGUAUAAAUACGCGAUAUAAAAAAGUUUACUAAACUUAUAUAAUCGUAACCUCUAAUCGCAGGCAUAUUAUACAUUACGAGCCGGCGUACUGCUUUUCAUGUGCAACAUUUAAUUAACGUCAUUUGCGCACAGGACGAAAAUUGCAAUGUACUACCGCAAAAGUAAAUAUUAUAAACAACGGUAAGACAGGGAAGCGCCUAAUUAAUUAUUUAAUGCAUAUUAUAAACCCUUCAAAAGAGAUAAUUACUUUUCGUGCUCACUUUUUCGUGCCACUAACAGAUCCGACCUUCGUCGGUGUAACGAAAAUACCCGAAUUGCCGUCAAAUGUUUUUGUUUUGAGUAUAAAUUUGUUUCUUUUGUUUAAUAGUUCAUAACUUCGUGCUUGACAACUUUUCUGAUACUUUCACCGCUACGGCAUUAAUUGGAAUAGUGAAAAAGUUCGCGUACAAUUAAAAUUAAUUAGAUAUUUUAUUGAAUUUUAUUCUGCUUUUCGUUUGUAUCGUGCGCGGCGCUCAGUCCGUUCAGUAUUUUCUCGUAUAUCGCUGUUCAAGCUUUUGUCAUGCCCUCCAAUUACUUGAACGUUUAUUUUGUGUAGGUAAAUUAAAACUUAGGGGCAACAUUUGUUGCAAUUAUGGUCGUGUCGACUAUGCGUAUUUCCGAAGAUCUUCGCCAUUUAUUGGAGGCACAACAGGCGAAAUUAGAGCGAGAAAUUCACGAACACCAUGUGUUAUUUUUGAAGUUUAAGGAUGACCCAACGAAUUUCGAGCUGGAAAGGAGUUUGAAAGAAGUACAAAAUGCCAUUCACGAAAUAGGGAUAGAACAGAAACAGAUCACUGAAAGGGUACGAAAUGAAUUAAACGAUAUCGAAAAGAAAUUACAAACAAAUGGGAUCAAGAGUGCCUGCAGUGACCGCGCAAAUAAUUUAAACAACGCCUUGAAGACUGCAGUAAGUCGAGUUCGGAAGCAAAACAUAAUAACUCGCUGCACUCCGUCGGUUCCAAAUUCACCAUCGGACGACUCCUUGGACAUCCCUUCGGCAAGUACAUCACCAGAACCGCCUUGCAAUCCAGGAAAGCUUGAGGAACUGUCGCAGAACCAGUUUUUGAAAUUUUUUGGUCUUGUUACGCAUGUGGUCCACGAUGAAAUGCAAAAGAAGCGAGUGGAACGUAAACGGCGAAGUACUGCUAACCCACAGUUCUUUUAUGGCACCAAAUCGUGGGAUUAUCCGAAACGCAAACGCGCCGUGUAUCUUAUGUCGAGCUGUUCACCUCCAAAUACUCGACAAAGUGCGAAAAAUAAAGCAAAGGCUGAAAGGCCCCCAACUCCACUAAGUAAAGAUGAUUCACGGGCGUCAUCUCCAGUAGAUCCACAAAAGCUUCCCAUUCCAAAUUUGCCACUAGGAUUAACAAUAGAACGCGUAACCACCAAUCGUGCUUCCCCAGAUCCGAAGAGCUGCAUUAUUUGUCGUCUCGCAGGUUCUUUGUCAGUGUGUGAGUCGUGUCAAAAUGGUUUCCAUAUCAGUUGCUAUAACCGUCCCUUAGUGCAGACUCCAAGAAAGUGCCCUAAAUGUAGUGCAAACAAGGAUGCUCGCGCUGUUGGUGCUAUAACUGUAUCGUCGGGUAUGAGUGUCUCAUAUGUACCAACUGACGUAACAGAAAAGCUACAGGAAAAACAAAAGCUGCUUGAUGAAAACAGAUCCCUUGCAGCUGAAUUAACCGAAUUGCAAGAUCAGCAUUCGCGCCUUACUAUCUCCCUAAAGGACCAGAAAGCUACUCAAGAAAACUUACAAAUCGGCCAACAAUCUACAGAGGAUAAAAUAAAAAAUAUUUUAACGUUUAUCUCGAGCAUUAAAUCUCCUUUGACCACUGUUCAAUCUUCAUGAAAUUGGCUAAUUGUUUGUAGGACGUUUUAUUUGUAAUUCAAAUCUUUUUUCUUAAAAGAUAUAUUUUAUAAUCUAUUUUCGUAAAUAAACUUUCGAAUUGUUUUACCUGUUCA